AUGGCGUCUAUAACAUUACCAAUAAGUAUUUCUGAAGUAAAUUCUUUGAGUGAUGAACAAUUUGAGUCAACGUUUGCUAAUGUUAUUGAAUUAUGGCCUUAUGCAGCUAAAGAGGUGAAAGGGAAGAGGCCGUUCCAGAAUGUACCAGCUCUUUGUGAAGCAUUCCAAUCUUAUUUGGAAGAUAUUACGUUAGAAGAUAAGCUGACAAUAUUGAAGCUGCACCCUGACCUAGCGGGACGGUUGGCAGCGAGAGGUGAGCUAACGGCAGAGUCUGCUGGAGAACAGAGGGCAGCUGGCCUGGAAGGGCUAACGCCCGAACAGAAGAAAACCAUGGACGAGAGUAAUCAAAGGUAUAAAGCGAAGUUUGACUUUCCCUUCAUCAUUUGCGCGAGAGAAAAUAAAGUACAGUCAAUAAUUGAAGGACUACAACAUCGGUACAGCAAUAAUAGGGAGCAAGAAAUUACAACUGGUAUCAAUGAAGUGAAGAAAAUAUGUAAGCUUCGCAUACUCGACAUUGUAAAGAACUGA